AUGCUGAAAUCAACUUUCAGAGCUGCACUUUCACCACCCAAGAUUUUGGGGCGCUUCAAGAGCGCCUCCUCUCGACUUUCCGUGCAAAAUUUGGACCUGUUUUCUUCCAACACUCAAUCAUCGCCAAAUACAGAUGAUUCACAACACAGGUUUGGACAAGUUGUGGAAGAUGAAUCAAACACAGCACAAGUUCUGUCUAGGGAGAAAAUUCUGCGAAAUGAAGCAAUGAGCCCGUUCAGAAAUAGCGCCGGCGAAGCUUUGCAUGGCGAAAACGCAAGGGAUUCACGACUCUCGCCUAAAACUCUGCGGGCUAAAGCCCCUGGGAAACAGGUUGAACUUAAUCCGCAAGUUGCAACUGCAAUCAGAAACAACAUAUUGAGUCUCCACAUUCCGAACAAUUUGCGAAGAUCAGCAGGCAAUAGCUUUGUAGAGCUUCGCCAAAGUAAACUCCACAGACCUACGCGCACAAGUAUGGAGGUGGACUCCCAUAUCGCUUCAAUCUUUCUCCAGAACUACGGGGCCUGCUACCAGUCGUUGAGCGAACUGCAAAAGCGACUGGGCGGUUCUUUUAGUCCCGAUAGGGUGUUGGACGUUGGUUACGGACCAGCUACAGGAAUGGUAGCCCUUAAUGACUUACUAGGAGAUAACUAUAAGCCGUCUGUGAAAGACGCUGUUAUUCUGGGGCACAAAGAAAUGCAAAAGAGGGCCAAGAUCAUUCUUAGUCGACAAUUGAAUGAAGCAACGGAUACCAUUCAAGCUGAAAAGCAGGCUGAGACAGCUUCAGAGGCACAGGAAGACACUAUUGACAGGGAUGACGAUUUGUUGGGUGAAGUGAUGACUAAAAAGAUCAAGAUCAGGACUAAAUUACGGGAUCAGGCGCCUGAAUCAAGGAACUACGAUCUCAUAAUAUUGACGCAUCAACUUUUAGAUAUAGAGGAGAAGUUCCCGCUCGAAGUUGAUACAAAUAUCACAAAGUACCUCAAACUGCUGGCUCCAGGGGGCCACAUAGUGGUGAUAGAGAGGGGGAAUCCAAUGGGUUUUGAAAUUAUCGCCAGAGCGAGGCAAAUUUCUAUACGUCCCGAAAAUUACCCCAACGAGCACGGAAAGAUACCGAGGCCAUGGGGUUUAGGGCAAGUUCAAUCAAGCAGUAUACUAGGCAAUGAGGUCCCUGAGGAGCAUGAGGGGUUACGUGAAGAAAUUGAGCCUGAAAAGCAAAAUUCAAGGAAAGCAUCUAAAGAUGCCCCGAGCUCGCAAGAUCACACCGGCACUUAUCAUUUGAAGGUGAUUGCGCCUUGCCCGCAUCAUCGGAAGUGUCCACUUCAAAUUGGAAAACCUCAAUACUAUGAAUACGGUAAAGGAAAGGGAUUGAAAUUUUGUACCUUCCAGAAGUCUGUGCAUCGACCUAGGUAUGCUAUAGAGCUCAAGAAAGGUCGUAUUCUUGCAACCCCAUGGCAGAGCAAGCUGGAGCCUGUUGGUAUCAAGGGCCUGGCGAGAGAAGGUACUGGUAGACCCAACGGAAGAAAUUUUGAAAUCUUGAAUUACUCUUAUCUGGUUUUGGAAAGGUCUCAAACUGAUGCGGAGACUGUCGAGAGCAUAAUUAAGCGCAGAGAAAGCUCAAAUGAGGUCUACGAAGUCGGAUCUUUGGGAGAUGACACUCCCGACACAUGGCCAAGAAUCAUCAAACAGCCGUUGAAACGCAAAGGACAUGUUGUUAUGGACCUGUGCGGGUCAUCUGGGCAGGUGGAAAAAUGGACAGUUCCGAAAUCAUUCUCCAAAGAAGCAUACCACGAUGCAAGAAAGGCAUUGAAAGGCGAUUUGUGGGCCCUAGAUGCUAAGACAAAGGCCCCCGGGAUGGGAGGACUAAACGUAAAAAAGCUCGAGAAAGUCGAAAAGGACAAGAUCCGCGAGGAAAGGCGCCAACUGAAGAAGAAAGACCGCGAAAUUAAAGAAGCACUAAAUGAGGUGGACUAUAAUGAUGAUACAACACAUGAGCAAAGUGUUGACGCUUUAGCGGCGAUGUACGGAAACGAAUUCGACCGAACCAAGAAAUGA